UGCUGAAAUGGGAUGAUGAGAUCUGUUUAUAUAAGUAUUUUUGCAAGAAAAAUGCCAAGAAACUGAUCAAUGCAUUCAACUUCAACUAAAUAAUCUGCUCAAAAUAUCUUAAGCUUAAUUUACAUUAUCAGUCAAAAAUAAAUAAAGCUUCUCAUCCACUCUCUCUCAAGCCACAGACUGAUAUUUUGGCCUAAGUAUUUCAUCAAUGGUUGAGAUUCAUUUUUCUGACUUUUUUGUUUUUAUUAUGAGUGUUUUUCAAGUCUUGAUGCAUCAUUGUAAAGUUACUGAUUCUUAAUUACUAGAAAAACUGGAUCAUCACAGACAAAUUAUCAGUUCACUGCUGUUUGAGCACUUUCUUGUCAUUUGACUCAUUUCUAGUGGCUAAACCUGUAUAUAUAUAAUCAGAUUAUUCCAUCCUAAUUUGCAUCAAAUUAUCCAGUUUUUUAUCAAUAAUUCAAAAGCAAUAUAUCAAAUAUCAAUCCAAAAUGAGGAACUUCACCCUAGGAGGAUUUCUCCUUGUGCUGAUCUUUCUUGCAGCAUAUCCCUCCGAUGCCAGGCUCCAGUCGUGCAAGCCGAGUGGCACGAUAAAGGGCACGACUCCGCCACCGGGGGAAUGCAAUCAGGAGAACGACUCCGACUGCUGCAAAGCAGGGGAGUCAUACACAACCUACAAGUGCUCUCCCCCCGUUUCUGGUAGCACGAAGGCAGUUCUGACCCUCAACAGCUUCCAGAAGGGUGGGGACGGAGGCGGCCCAUCAGAGUGCGACAACAAGUACCACUCUGACGACACGCCUGUUGUGGCGCUCUCGACUGGAUGGUACACCGGAGGAUCAAGGUGCCUCAAGAACAUUGUCAUCAGUGGCAAUGGGCAGAGUGUGACUGCCAUGGUGGUUGAUGAGUGUGACUCGACAAUGGGAUGCGAUGAUGACCACGACUACCAGCCUCCGUGUCCUAACAACAUCGUUGACGCCUCAAAAGCCGUCUGGAAAGCAUUGGGAGUGGAUGAAGGUGACUGGGGAGAGUUGGAUAUCACUUGGUCUGAUGCCUAAUGCAGUUUAUGUGUUUUAUCCAGUUUUUAUGUCAUUGUAAAAUUAUGUUGUGAGAAUCCUUGAAUCAUAUCAAGAAUGUAAAUAUAAUGCAGUUUGUUCAAACUUCUGUUCCUUGCAUAAAUUUCUUGUUCCAUUAAUGAUGCAUGAUUAAGAAGCAUCUGUGUCACGGCCUAAACAUCAAUAAACCUAUUGAUCCUAUUUGACCAUAAACUUAAAAUGACCAUCAAUUUACAGAUGAAAUAUAACAAAAGUAAACUCAAGCAUUGAUGAUGGAUUUCUUUCUGAUCUUCAAAAUUAAUUAUUAGUAUUAUUUUCUCUGAAAAGAAGGUUUUUUCUGUUUGAACAGUUAUUCAUCCAAAGCUGCUUUCAUGUCAUACAAGAAUUAUACAAAGGAAAAUCUGUGAAUCAUUGUAUAUAUUUGUUGGUUAAGCUUCUUAGCAUGAAUCCAUGGCCGAAAUCUUGUCUGAACAUAGGUUUUUUGUCUGAUUAUGCAGUCCCUUUCAUCACUAUUAGCCCAUUACAUAUAUGUCUUUCCAUUUUUAGUAGAUUAUUUCACCAUGUUAUUACUAGUUGGAGAUAAAAUCAAGGCAUGCAAAAAACAGAACAUCUCCAUCUCCAACUCAACUGUUUAAGCUUUGGAAUUCAUAAAGAAGACUGUUGUCAAUUGGCAUAAUUAAAAGAUGAAUUUUAGAAAUUAAACUCAACUAUCAAGAACCAUAUUUUAUAAAAGAAAUGUUUCUUGAUACCAAUGAUUUAAGCUAGCUUUAAACAGUUUGUCUUCAGUAAGAAAGAUAGAAUUGUUUGAUGUAAAAUGAAGAGAAAUCGUGAUGAAUGGUUAUCACUUAUCAGAAACAUUGAUGCUUUCCUGCAAGAAACUAGUGAUUUAUAUAGUUCAACAAAAGUGCAAAAUAAUGAACACCAAGACUCAAAGUAAUAUUCAUAAGAGCAUAAGAUGAUUUACAAAGUAAUACAACAUAUCCUUACAUCAUUUAAACAAGCAUUAAGCAUCAGACCAAGUGAUAUCCAAGCCGCCCCAGUCGCCUUCAGGAACCCCCAGGGCUUUCCAGACAGCCUUUGAG